GUGUGUGUGUCAAAGCCACCACUAGUCGCCCCCAGUGCUCUUCAGUCUCCACUCUCCCUUCUCGCCGCAGACUGAACGUCACGUCCGCACUUGAACUUGAGUUCUCUCCCAUUGUAGAAGCCAGAGAGCCGCACACAGAGCCGCGCACAGAGCCGCGCACUGCCCGGGGACGCGAGACUCUGCAGCGAGCACAAAGAGAACAGAGGGUGGCAGCCUGUCCUCAGACCAGUGCCGGGCUUCGACUCGAAGAGUUAACAGUCCAUCCCGCCCGACUGACUGGCACUGCCAGUGCAGCAGAAGAAGUGCCCACCACUUGGCGACUACCCCGCGAAGUGCCACGGACAACAUUGGAUUCCUAUUCUACACACUUUCCGACAUUAAUUGACGUCCACACACCUGCUUCCUCCGAGCGGGGACGCGCAGUGUCCAAGGUGGCCGGAGAGUGGACACAGGUAGUGACCCACCACCAGGAGCUGACCGCCGACCUCCCGCGCCUCGCCGCGUCCCUCCACUCCACUGCGCUCCGCUCUCCGCUCCCCUCUGACACAUGGUGUGAAGGCGACGGACGGCAGAGACGGACUUUCUCCCUCCCUCAGCACCGCCGUGACCGAACGAGGGAGGCGCGCGACCACUUUGGCACCGAGGUCCGACCGAGCGCCCGGCCGCCCAGUGCCGCGCCACGGCCGCUCUCCGCAGAGCGCAGGAGCCGCUGCCCGCUGGAGGGAGAUCCGCCGCAGAGGGGUCAGUUCGGGGGCCACAUUUGGGGCCAGGGCAGACCUCUCGGUCUCGGGUGGCCAGCGAGCGGCCGCUUCUGGGGCCAGGUUGCGGUUGAUAUACAGGAGCAGCAGCGGCAGCAGCGGCGGCAGCAGCAGCAGCAGGAGGAGGAGAGCCGACCCUUCCAGCGCCGCUCUCCGGGCGAUGCCAGUGUAAAUGCCAGGGCGAUGUCCCGACGCAAGCAGGGGAACCCGCAGCACCUGUCCCAGAGAGAAACAACACCGGAGAUCGAGCACCCCGAUGGCCUGCUCUCCGACUCCUUACCCCCGCAGUCGCUUGGCCUUGCCCUCCACCCGCUGGAGCCCGACCUGGCCCAUGCCCUGCCGGCCGGCCUUCACGCCGACCACGACCUGCUGACCUGCGGCCAGUGCCAGAUCACCUUCCCGCUGGGCGACAUCCUCCUCUUCAUUGAGCACAAGAAGAAGCAGUGCCAAACGCAGCUGCUCGCCAAUGGCUGCUACGACAAGAUGGGCGACCGGGGCGGAGGGAGCCCCACUAUGCAGGGCCUCCAUCACCACGGCCAGCGGCUGGAGCUGAGGAAGGUGGUGGAGCCGGUGGAGAUUGGCAUCCAGGUGACACCGGAGGAGGAGGAGGAGGUGGGCAGAGGGAGAGGAAGGGAAGGAGGUGAGAGAGGAGAGAGGACGCCAAUCAAGGGAAUUUGCCCCAAGCAGGAGAACGCACUGGCAGGUGGCAGGGAUGAGCCUUCCAGCUAUAUAUGUACCACAUGUAAACAGCCCUUCCCCAGUGCCUGGUUCCUGCUGCAGCAUGCCCAGAACAUCCAUGGCAUUCGCAUUUACCUUGAGUCCAACCCCUCUAACACAGCCCUCACCCCACGCAUCACGAUGCCUCCGCCAAUGGGAAACGACUCAAUCCCGCAGUCCCCCCUCACCAACUUUCUUGGGGACAGCAAUCCGUUCCAUCUUCUAAGGAUGACGGGUCCCCUGCUCCGCGAGCCUCCCCCAGGGUUCGUGGAGAACCGCCUUCCUAACACGCCUCCAUUCGUCAGCCCCCCUCCCCGCCACCACCUGGAUCCCCACCGGCUGGAGCGCCUUAGUGUAGAGGAAAUGGGCCUCAUCUCCCAGCACCCUAGUGCCUUUGAAAGGGUGAUGCGGCUAACGCCUAUGGCCAUGGAGUCCCAGUCCAUGGACUUCUCUAGACGGUUAAGAGAGUUGGCAGGGAACAACAACAGCACCACACCACCGUUGUCACCCAGCAGGGCCAACCCUAUGCACCGACUACUAAACCCUAACCCCUUCCAGUCUGGACCAAAAUCUCCCUUUCUUAGCACGCCCCCAUUACCACCGAUGCCCCCAAAUAGCACCACCCCACCCCAGACGCAGAACAAGGUCAAGUCCUGUGAGUUCUGUGGUAAGACCUUCAAGUUUCAGAGCAACUUGGUGGUGCAUCGGCGCAGCCAUACCGGAGAAAAACCUUACAAGUGCCAGCUCUGUGACCACGCCUGCUCUCAGGCAAGCAAGCUGAAGCGCCACAUGAAGACCCACAUGCACAAGGCUGGAUCCCUUACUGGCCGCUCAGAUGAUGGGCUGUCUACCACAAGCUCCCCAGAACCAGGCACUAGUGAUGUCACAGGUGAGGGCAUGAAGAAUCGUGAUGGUGACUUUCAGGGGGAAGGCAAUGAAGAGGAAGAAGAGGAAGAAGAAGAAGAGGAACUUGAGAAUGAGAGUCGACCAGAAUCCAACUUCAGCAUGGAAUCUGAGUUCUACAGGAACAGGGAGAAUGGUUCUAAACUACCAUCAGAGGAGAAGUCAUCCCUCGUUCUUGAGAAGAUGGUGGAAAGUGGGGGGCUCAACUCGAUACAGCAGUACAAUAAUUUGAUAGUUGACAAUCGUAAAAGGAUGCCCUUCUCCAAGAGGGUUUUAGAUGGGCAGCGGGACAUUGGAGAUGAAGACUCAGUAGCUGGGGAAAUGGAUCACCACCGGCAGGAAGAGCGGACAACCAUUAAUGGCCGAAACUGUGGCUCUAGUGACUCUUUCUCAGGCCUGUUCCCCCGUAAACCAACCCCCAUUACCAGCCCCAGCCUGUCCAACUCUUCAAAUAAGAGGAUCAAGAUUGAGAAGGACCUGGACAUUCCCCCACCACCCCACAUCCCCUCUGAAAACGUCUACUCCCAGUGGUUGGUAGGUUACGCUGCCUCACGCCACUUCAUCAAAGACCCUUUCCUAGGUUUCACCGACUCCAGACAAUCUCCCUUUGCCACCUCCUCUGAGCACUCGUCAGAGAAUGGCAGCCUGCGGUUCUCGACACCCCCAGGCGAUCUGCUGGAUGGUGGCCUCUCAGGCCGCAGCGGCACCGCCAGUGGUGGCAGUACACCUCAUCUCGGUGGAGGUCCAGGUCGACCUAGCUCCAAGGACAGCAGGAGGUGUGACACCUGUGAAUACUGCGGCAAGGUGUUCAAGAACUGUAGCAACCUGACGGUGCACCGGCGCAGUCACACUGGUGAAAGGCCCUACAAGUGCGAGCUGUGCAACUAUGCCUGUGCCCAGAGCUCCAAGCUCACGCGCCACAUGAAGACACAUGGCCAGCUUGGUAAGGAGGUCUACCGCUGUGACAUUUGCCAAAUGCCCUUCAGCGUGUACAGCACUCUGGAAAAACACAUGAAAAAGUGGCAUGGAGAACAUUUAAUGACCAAUGAGGUCAAAAUUGAACAAGCAGAGAGAACCUAAAGCAGGUUCCCUAUCUCCAAACUCUGCGCCACACUUUGACUUAAAAAUUAAACAAAAUGGGGGAGCUGGAUACUCUUUUUCUGAAAUAUAAAUUUUUGGUUAAUUUUGUGUUUUUGCCUAAGAAACUGCCAACUGAGAAAAAAAAGUGUAAACAGAAAUCUUAACACCAAUUGAAGCUGUCUAAACUGCCUCAUUUGGUGUUCCUUUUCAAACAAUCAGUCCCUUGAGUUAUAACAUAUGUGGAGCCUUUAACUGUGCAAUAAUUUCUGUAUUUAUUAGAUUUUGUAUUUUGGCAUGUGCAGGUACAUUUUAUUUAGGCUUUUUCUUUAAAUUUGUUUUGCUUUGAAUUUGUGUUACUUUGUUUCGAAGUAACCCACAUGAUAUCCUGAGAGUUUUUUCAGAAGACAAAAGUUAAUUUAAGUAAAACAUUCUGGCCGCUACAUGUAGGAAAUUGUAUAUUAAGCUAAACGUGUGAUUUUUUU